AUGCAUCGACUUUUUGCUGAGCUGGAGCCAUCUGUAACCGUCACCAAGCAAAACCUGGCAGACCGUGUUUGGUAUAUCUUGCGCUCAAAUAUAUUUGAUGUCACCGAACUCGAACGGCUACGACGUGAGGCUGUUCCUUCAUCGGAUGAAAAUGCUACGGCUGAGGAUGCGGCGCCACAACUUGCAGAGCAACCGGUAAACGUGGAUGCCGCCGUGAAUACCCCAGUUUUGGUUGAUUCAAACGAUGAUGGAACAGUCGCCCAGGAACUGGAACCGGAGCAAAUGGGGAGUACAUUGGAUGAGGCGAUUUUAGAAACACGCAGUACGUCUCUCGAAAAUCGACCGCGAUUUCCCCGCAUAGCCCUAAGCAAGCAGAAUCGGGUUAUCGUGAGGGCUCUGAACCCAAUGCUGGUGACCUAUUUGGAAGCCCGUCAGGACCUUUGCGAGACGGACUCAAUUAUCUUUGGCGCCGCACUGGCAGUCUGCCGUAUUAUAGGCGCCAAACUUUCCACGUCUGGACGCACUACUGGACAAAGUAGUGCUAUCCCAGCCUGGAGAACAAGAAUUAAAGAAUGUAUCGCAAAAGCAAAGGCCCUCAUCGGCAGACUGAUAUGCUUCAGGCCAAGGAUUGUGCGCACCGUCAUGAUGGCGUUUGCUGGGACAAAUAGUGAUCAGAAGAGGCUCUACAAAUCAUUGGAGCGACCAAUGGUAAGUGGAACGGGCCAAGUACCGAAUCAGGCUGACACGGUCGCAUUCUGGCGCAGCCCGUGGUCAGAGCCCGUAAACCACAACGAGGGCCCUCGGACGGAAGUUGUGACGAGUCAAUGUGCGGGUAUUACGCCCAUGGACCCCGUCAUCAUAACGCCGGAUGACGUAGCUGAGGCGGUCCGUAGGGCCCCGAACUGGAAAAGUCCGGGGCUUGACGGGCUGCAUCACUACUGGCUGAAGGGGUUCAUGGUGUGUCACGCUGUGCUCGCCCGACAGUUUCAAGAGGCUCUCAACCAGAAGUCCUCCUCUUCACUUCUGGGAUCACUCAUUUGGUUCCUAAAGAUCAGGGUGCCACAGACCUGA